AUGGAAUCGAGUCCAGCAGAGACCUUUUCUUUAACAGAUGAUGGAUUACGAAUGCAUCUUGUACCGCCACCACAAUACGAACGAUUGAUCCAUAAAGCAACGACAUUACCGUACAAUAGCCAUAUGGGUCAUGGUCCUACAUUGAAUUCUACUACCUACAUGCAUUAUGGUCGAUUAUCAGCGACAAUCAAGUCCUCCAAAGUGGGUGGUGCAAUCACAGCUGUCAUCCUCAUCAGCGAUAGUGGCGACGAGAUAGACUUUGAAGUAAUUGGAUCGGAAGAUCACACUGCACAGAGUCCGGAACGUAUUGUAUGGGCCGUUGACAAUGAAGCCAUCCGCAUAAAGAACAGGGACGAGACGUGUGAUGAUCAAGGUUGCAAAUUCCCAUCGACGCCAGCACGAAUCCAAAUCGGCUUUUGGGAUGGUAGCUUUGAAUUUGGUACAGCAGAAUGGUCGCAUGGACCAAUUGAUUGGGAGAAGCAUGUUGACACACCCAUCACAUCCUAUCUAAAAGAAAUUGCCGUUGAAUGCAAUCCAGAGUAUAACGAGAUCGUGCACGAGCUGCCUUCAGAUGAAGAAACAGAGACAUUGGAACCAAGUCUACCAGGGGAAACCAACGAGAAUGGAUCAAACAGCCCAACCAAAUGGAGGCCAAAGCCUUCCGAUGAUCAACAACAACAACAACAACCUCAAGAUCCUCAGCAACAAGAAACACCAAGAAAUGGAGCAUCGAUUUUUUCACCUUUUACUUUAAUACCUUUAUCUAUUAUUACAUUUACCCUUGCUGUAUUGAUGGGUUAG